AUGCUUUUAAAACAAUUAAAUUAUAUACACAAGAGCAACUGGAAGCGCCAUUUCUCAAUAUCUCGUUAUGUAUCAAAGGAUAUAUUUAAAGUAGCAGUUGUGGGCUCGGGUCCGGCGGGGUUUUAUACCGCCCAUCACUUGUUAAAUAAAGCACCUCUGUCAAUGUCAUUGAAUAUCGAUAUAUUAGACAGACUACCUGCACCAUAUGGUUUGAGUAGGUAUGGUGUUGCACCAGACCAUCCCGAGGUUAAAAAAUGCGAAGAAUAUCUAAAUGACAUAAUGAAGAACUUUUCAGAAUCAGAGAGGCAUAGAGUAAGAUUUUUUGGUAACGUUGAGGUAGGAAAAGACAUUUCUAUGGAUGCAUUGGAACAAAAAUAUCACUCAAUUGUGCUAUCAUAUGGAUGCACGACAGCGGAUAAAACAUUAAAUAUACCUGGUGCAGAUUUACCGGGCGUUAUAUCCGCGAGGCAAUUUGUCAGUUGGUAUAAUGGUCAUCCAGACUCGUACAGGAAAGGUAGCCAGUUCAUUCCACCUAAUUUAGAUAAGGUCGAAGAUGUUACUAUCAUUGGAAAUGGUAAUGUUGCGUUAGAUGUCGCUAGAGUCCUUCUUGGUGACGUUAAUAAACAUUGGUCUUCAACUGAUAUGACGUCGGCAGCUAUCACAAUGCUAAAGAAAAGCAAGGUUAAAAAUGUCAAUAUAGUUGCAAGGAGAGGUUUUCUCGAAUCAGCUUUUACGAAUAAAGAGAUCAGAGAGCUAUUUGAGUUAUCCAAAAAUCAGAGCAUUCGCUGCACACCUUUAGAGCCUGAUGUACUUAACGAUAUUGAUGUCAGCAGUUUAGGUAGGGUCGAUAAAAGAAGAUAUUCAAUAAUCGAAAAGUAUGCAACAGAGUCUAAGGAUGAAGAAUAUACAAAGAGGAAGUGGUCACUUCAAUAUUUAAAGAGCCCCCAAGAGUUUAUAAUUAACCAAUCAGAUAAUAAUUUACUUGAUUCAACGAUCUUCAGAACAAAUGAACUUGUCCAGGACACACUCACUAAGGCAGUUAAGGUAAAGCCAACGAAAAACUUGAUUAAGAUAAAAAAUGAACUAGUAAUCUUAUCAAUUGGCUACAAGGGAUCUUCAUUGUCCGGCUUUGAUAAUGUUGAUGUUCUUUUCGAAAACAACAGGGUGGUAAACAAAGGAGGAAGAGUUCUUUCUAGAAAAUCAAUUGGUAGAGAUGAAACUAACGCAAUCUUUAAAGAAGGCUGGUAUACAUCUGGGUGGAUUAAAACUGGACCCAAAGGUGUUAUUGCUACCACAAUGAUGGAUUCGUUUGACACAGCAGAAAAGAUUUUGGAAGAUUUGUCAAAUAGGAUUCACCUUAGGCCUCAAUCGUGCGAUGGAAUUCUCCUAUCAUUAAAAGAACCUACGAUAAGUUGGGAUGCCUGGAAAAAAAUCAAUACCACUGAAUUAGAAAAUGGAAAAAAACUAGGAAAGUCUAGAGAAAAGAUUUGUGAUGUGGAGGAAAUGAUCACUAUAUCUUGUAAAUAA